CUGCGCCAGUUGUUGUUCUACUUCGGUUUGGUCAGGGUCGUUAGAUCACUUUUCAGUUCCUCUGCCGUCAUCGAGAGAGUUUUUUCGACCGGGUCGCACGUCUUCACUCUCGUCCACCGCGAGCGACACCCGUGAGCGUAGUUGUACUCUCGUCGCCCAGCCUCGAGAGAUACCGCGCACACCUGUGCCCAUGUUGCAGUUCGAAUACUUACCUUUACUACUUCUAGCCAUUUCGAUCCAUCUUAUCACCGAUGGUUCUCAGCCGCGCCAAUGUUUUUGGCUCCGCGGCCUGACCUCCACCAGGCGUACUACCAGUUUUACACGCACUACGUAGACGAUGCCGUCGCAGCCGGGUUCCCCACACGGGGGCGGGUCCAACCUGCCCGGAAUUGGCGACCCCUCGCCCAGCAAACUGUUUCCCGGCGACGUGAGCCAGCUGGCGCUGCAAAAAUCCGCACAGGAAAACGCGCAGCAACUCGCCGCGCUUAAGUCAGUGCUGGAGAACAAGCUCUUCGCCCCUUUUGACAUCGUGCCGCCCGGCGAGUCCUUCGACCUGGCCCGGGUGCAGGAAAUGUACAAAGAAGUGCAGCAGCAGCUGAUGGACCCCACGAGCACGAAGUGGACAAAGCGCGCGCAGAGCAAGGUACGUGGCUUUGAUGAUUACCCGACUGCAGUUUUAUUCCUACGCAUCUUAUACAUUUUUGUACCCGUGUGAUCAUGCGGAAGAUAUGCAUGAAAAUUAGCUUUGCACGAUGCUGCUGCAAGAUCAGCAUGGUAAACGGAAGAACUGCAGUACUUGGUCACUAACAGGGUGCUCGUGAAUUAAUUUGGCAUUGAUGAUUAGAAAACACGACCACAGUCCAUCUUCGCGGAAAUCACCCAGAAACUGCGGGCCGACCGGUCCUGCAUGGACCCCAAGAAGCCGGACGGAGUUGGCAGCAUCCUGGCCAAGAUUCUGCACGGCGUUUUCGCUUUGUCGACUGUGGCGCACGCGGACGGCCUCAGCUCGAUUGCCAACGACACCAAGGACGACGUCUUCGAGUUUCUCACCCUCUUUCCAGGCGGGCUGGGGAACAUCUUCCACCAUGUUCGCACCGUGAUCAUCAUGUACAAGUGGUUCCGGUCGCCACUCGAGCGGGCCCUGGCACAGUGGC